GGAAGCGAUAUUUUUAGAAACACCAGCAUAUUUGUAGAAAUCCCAGAAAAUCUAAUGUUAGCAAAAACAUCAAAUUCAAUGAGUUGGAAAGUCUUCUAAUGACAAGGUGCCUUCUCCAAGUCAAACACAACAUACCCAUUAGUCCGUUACCCCCCCCCCCCCCCCCCCUACAUUUUCUGGAUUAAUACAUUUAGAAUGGUGAAAAAAACUUACAUGCACAAAUACAGAAAACAAAAAAUACAGUAUCCAGUUUGGAGAUUAGUUCAUCUGUAUUCAGCAGAUCGGAACUAUCCAACUCACUGAUAUAUAUGAUGAAAUAAUGCCGCUCAGAAAAAUAUAAAGCUCCACACAUGGGCAGGCAGAACUGCAGAAGAAUCAGCAUUGAAACUGCAAGUAUGUACCUGUCACUGGUAAAGGCAUAGUUCCUUUGUAUCCCUCUGUGGAGUUGUGAAAACAAUUUUUUGCUCCGAAGUUCCACAUCUCAUUCCCAGAAGUAGGGACAGAAUUUGGGGAUUGGCCAACAAAACCAUUUUCCAGCUGCCUUUGAUGCUGAGAUGGAUUUAUUAUUUGAUUAUUAGAUGUAAAAUCACCAAGGAAGAGGUCAGAGUCAUUAAACAUAUCAAACCCAUCAUGCUCUCUCAGCAUAUUCCUGGGAGUUAGGCACGCCGUGCCUGAAGAGAAAUAUUCCUGGGAGCUAAUGGAGGCCAGGCAUGGUCGUGCCUGGCAGUUAGGCACGCCGUGCCUGGACGCGAAAUUCGGGCUUCUUCCGUAGGCACGGUCGUGCCUGGCCGCGAUUGGUCCUAAUUCGUUGUUUUCUAUAAAUAAGGCCUCCAUACCCACUUUUGAGAGUUACGAACUUUGGAGAGAGGCCUAGGGACGAGUUUUACCUGCGUUUUUACGUUGUUUAAUCCAAGAACCUAGGAUUCUUUAUAUGGGUAAUCUCCAACGCAACCGAAAGAAGUAGAUUGCGACAACUCAUCCUAGUUUACGCAAAGGCAAAGGUAAAGGGCGGACCGGGUCUUCUUCUCAAAGUCGAGAAGAUUUUCAAACGGAAUACCAACGGCGAGAUGGGGAUGCGAUGUCUGACAAACAACUACAACAACUAUUGGCGCAAAAUGAUGGAUGCUUUUUGCAUCAACAAAACAUCCCGGAGUCCAUUGACGAAGAAGAGCUCGAGGAUGAGGAUGCGAAGGAGGACGAGGGGGGCGACGGCGGUCACGGCACCUCAGAUGAUGUGCAAGAGUUGGAGGACGAGGGUGGUUCAUCCCAAAUUGGUAAGAAAUCUAAAUCUUCUAUUAUAGAAAAUAAUUAUACAAAGAGGAAAGACAAAAACACCGAGAAAUGGUACGCAACUUGCAAUCAUUGCAAAAAGGAGUAUAGCUUGGGAACUUCUAGUGGAUACGGGAGCCUCUCAAGGCAUCUUAAGUCCAAGCACCUAGUGGAGUAUGAGAAAAUAGUGAAAGGAAAGGGAAAGCAAACUCAAAUAUCGAGGUUUGCAAAUAACCAACCUUAUGGUAAUUUCUCAUACAAUGAUGCAUAAAAUUUGACUGGUAUGACUAACUUACUCGUUGAAGAAAAUUUGCCUUAUUUGUUUUCUAAAAGUCUUGUUUUUAAAGAUUAUGCACAAACUUGUUUAAAUCCUCAAUUUAGAAGUUAUAGUCGCAAAACGGUGAAGAAAGAAAUUAUAAGGCUUUAUUGUGCGGAAAAGGCAAGGUUACAAUAUAUGUUUGAAAACUUUGAUGGGGGUGUUACUAUUUGUUCUGACAUAUGGGAGGAUACUUAUCAUAAUUAACAUUAUUUGGGUAUGACUGCACAUUAUAUUGAUGAUGUUUGGAAUAUGCAUAAUCGUGUUCUUGCUUUUCGUGAAUUUAAUGAUCGUCACACCGUUGAACAUAUUUAUAUUUUGAUUGAGCGUAUUUUAAUUGAGUAUAAUUUGGUUAAUAAGGUGUUUGCUAUAGGUUUUGAUAAUGCUACUAAUAAUACUGCUGUUAUACCAAGAUUGCGUGAAUUGUGUGGUUCUAAUAAUUUGAUGGGUAGAUUUUUUCAUGAACGAUGUGCAUGCAAUGUUAUAAGUUCUAUUAUCAAUCUUUUUUUGGUGAAUUUCCAAUGUAUGACGAUAACGCCAUAGAUUCGCAAGUUGAAUACAACGAGGUUAGUACUUUAUUUUAUGCCUUAUUUAAUGAGUUUCAUGCACAAUAUGGCAACGCACCCCCUCCCCCGACACAAACAUCUUCCAUUAAAGGAAAAUACUUUUUAAAUCUGCAUUUGACAAUCUUAUGAAAAGAAGUAAAACAACUCACGCUACUGAACAAAACACAGUUAAUGAGAUUGCUUUGUAUUUAAAUUAUGAGGUUGAGUUUGAAGAAAAUGAGGACUUUGACGUUCUAAAGUGGUGGAAGUCAAAAGAAAGAAUGUUCCCGAUUUUUAGCACGGAUGGCUAAGCAAGUGCUAUCAAUGCUGGUUUUAACAGUUGUCGUGGAACAAGAAUUUAGUUCGGCCGGCAACGUUCUAACGGCAUCUAGAACGAGUUUGAGCACAUCGUCUCUUGAGACGCUUAUAUGUUACCACGAUUGGUUAAAGGCCAUACGUAGAACUUAAGAAAUUAGCAUCACCCCCUCCUAAGACUUUAUGGAUGAAUCAACCGAGGGUGGCUCUACCUAUGCCGGAGAUUCCGAUUGAUUAAUAUUUUACAAUUUAUUAUAAAAUGUAUUUCAUGUUUUAAUUUUCCCCUCAAUUCUCUAUUGUAAUUUGUAAAUUUGUAAUUCAUAUUUCAAAUAAAUAUAUGCUCAUUUUUUUUUUUAAUAUGUAGCACUUCUCAAAUUAAUUAAUGAGUUUUGCUAGAGGUACACAAAAUGUGUCACCACAUUUUGUGUACCUCAAGCAUUUUUCUUAAUUAAUUGGUUACAACUUAGAUUUAAUUAUAUUAUUAUUU